CCCGGACGGCCACCGCCUUCACACGGCAAUUUGUGCUUCGCUCCGUCGGGGUCGGUGCCUCAUCUCCUAUUCGCCUUUGCUGCCUUAAGCGACCCUCCUCUCCGUGCCCUUCCCCUCACACUGUCCUCCGCACACAAGGCGAUCCGGAGGGCUUUGCUUCCACCUGGAGAAGCGACUGAUUCCACCCUAGCCCCACCUUCCUGAGUGUUGCCUGUUUCCAGCAAACCAUCCUCUUGGCAUUCAUAUACAGGAUCAUUUAUUUGGGAAUCAACUUGAAGCUGGUAGAUGGGUUCUGAUGAUUUCAUUGAUCUUGAAUCAUCUUGUCCUAAUAACAAUAAUGGUGAUUACGAUGAUGACGACAAAGGAUCAGAAUCCAGGGAUGCCAAAACUGAUUCUCCUUCCAGAUUAUUUUCCAUGAAGGAAGAUCCUCUUGGUACAGAGAAUGUUGAGGUUUUCACAGGGAAUGGUGAAGGGGGAGAUGACCCUAAUGUGCUGGAUAUGGACCUUGAAGAUGACCUGGUCCAACGACAAACCAUUCUGUAUGAGAGAGUCGAGAUUGUUGGAUCCCCAAUAGUGGAACAGUUGAAAGGAGAGGGGGAACAACAUAAGGAGACAGUCAGAGCUGCUACACUAAAUAAUAGCACUUCCAACAAUAAUGUGAUUGAUGAAAGCCCUAUAGCAGGAGUAAAAAGAGCUCGUAUGACCUAUAUCGAGAAGCAACCAUCUGUGCGUGUUAUCUACAACUCAUUGGCAAGAGAAAGCAAAAGGAAGCUUAUGGGGCUUAUGCAGCAGUGGUCUCAGUGGCAAGCAAAGCACCAGCUUUCUUCAAGUGAAUCUGAAGAUGUGCCCUUAGAGGAUGGUGAAGAGACAUAUUUUCCAGCUUUACACGUUGACUCUAAGAAGUCCAGUGUUGUGACAUUCUGGGUCGACAAGCAGGCAAGACAAGAUGUUGAUAAGGACAAAGUCAAGUUUGAGGCUGAUGUCCCUCUUUAUGACCGGGAGUAUACUCUAGGAUCAACUUCAGUUGAUGGUUCAAGUGGCCCUGAAGGCAUAGAAGCUCUUGGAGCUUCCCGGUGUUUCAAUUGUGGCUCAUAUAGCCACUCGUUAAGGGAUUGCCCGAAGCCCCGUGAUAAUAUUGCAAUCAGCAAUGCUCGCAAGAUGCACACUUCAAAACGAAAUCCAACUGCCGGUAACCAUGCACAAGUUCGGUAUUAUCUGAAAGCUCCAGGCAAAUUUGACAAUUUGCAGGCAGGAGUUCUUGGGGCUGAAACAAGAGAAUGCUUGGGUAUUGGGGAGUAUGAUCCACCGCCUUGGUUUCACCGGAUGCGUGAAAUGGGAUACCCUCCUGGAUAUCUAGAUGUUGACGAUGAAGACCAGCCUUCUGGAAUCACCAUAUAUGCUGAUGAAGAGACAAAGGAAGAGUAUGAGGAUGGAGAACUUCCAGAGAGGAGUGAGCCUGAACCACCACAGAGAAAGAUGACUGUGAAGUUCCCCGGGAUAAAUGCACCUCUCCUUGAAAAUGCUGAUCACCAUCGUUGGGCUGCUCCGUCCACUGGAUCAGGUUCCAACCCAGUCAGAAACCGGGUCCAUCAUAGGUUGGACCAUUCCUCGGACCACCACGGAUGGAACUUACAAGAACAGAGGUGGCCAUCGGACCUGAGAGUCAAUGGUGCGCCUGAUACAGAGCAUGUGUUCUCUUCCUCAUAUCCAGGUUACUCACCAAGGUACAGCCCCUACAACUACAAUCCAAUACCAAGGAGCCCAGACUUGGGAAGGUCCCUAUCUGAUAGAGGGUGGAGGAGCCCCUUGCACUAUGAAACUUCCCCUGCUCACAGUCCUCACAGUCCACAUCCCUACCCUUCUGCUACACAUUCCCCCAAGGACCACCACUGGAGCCAUGAUCAUUGGAGUAACAAAAGCUCAUACGGUCGGAUCCCAGACUCGGCCUCGCAAAAAGCACAAGACAGGCACGACCACCGUGGUAGCCACCACCGGAGGUGAAAAUUGCUUCAUGACCCCUGUAUUAUUUCCAUCGUCAGAAUGAUUGUUCAGCCGUCAGCAUCUUCAUCAACUUAUCUGCAAGUCGGGCCAAGUGAUUGAAGAAGCUGUGACUUAGUUGGCCACAUUUAAUCCCGUUAAUACUCAUAAUUCUGCUUUGAUAAGCCACCCCUGCUUUCUUCCAGUAUUUAGCAGUUUAUUACUGGCAGUCUUUUGCAGGUCUGUUCAUGUGAAUGUUUGAUCAGCUUAUUAGUGUGAUGUGACCAUGAUUGAUCACUGUAAGUGUUCCUCGCGAGCAUUUCUCACUUCAUGGCAUUGAUACUUCUUCCUCCUUUUGUUCAUUCAUGUUGUGUACUAGGUGCUUAUUUAGCUUGCUUGGGUAGAAAUAAAAUAUUGGGUUUGUGA